AUGGGCGCGACCAAGAACAAGUACUCGGUCAUCCUUCCCACCUACAAUGAGCGGAGGAACCUCCCUAUCAUCAUCUGGUUGAUCCAGAGGACCUUCAACGAGGAGAAGCUGGAUUGGGAGAUUAUUGUCGUUGACGACGGAUCCCCUGACGGCACACUCGAGAUCGCGAAGCAGCUCCAGACGCUCUAUGGCGCCGAACACAUCAUUCUCAAGCCCCGCGAGGGCAAGCUCGGUCUGGGAACCGCUUAUGUCCACGGCCUGAAAUAUGUCACCGGCAACUACGUUAUCAUCAUGGACGCUGACUUCAGCCACCACCCCAAGUUCAUCCCCGAGAUGAUUCGCAUCCAAGAAGAGACCGAUGCUGACAUUGUCACUGGAACCCGAUACGCGAACCGCGGUGAUAUUAAGGGCGGUGUCUACGGCUGGGAUUUGUUCCGCAAGUUCACCUCGCGCACUGCCAACCUGAUCGCGGACGUCAUGCUGAUGCCCGGUGUGAGUGACUUGACUGGUAGCUUCCGUCUCUACAAGAAGUCAGUGCUGGAGAAGGUCAUCCUGAACACCGAGAGUAAGGGUUACAGUUUCCAGAUGGAGAUGAUGGUCCGUGCCAAAGCAAUGGGUUACAAGGUGUCCGAGUGCCCGAUUACCUUCGUGGAUCGUCUCUAUGGCGAGAGCAAGCUUGGUGGAUCUGAGAUUGUCGAGUACCUCAAGGGUGUAUUGAACUUGUGGCUGAAGGUCUAA